GCAAGGCUUGCACGACUCCCCGUGACGGGAGACCGACAAAAAAACAUCCGAAUCCCCCCAGAAGACUCGGGAAAAAAGGUACAUUCUUCUCCGGGACACUUUACGAGUUCACGGACCGUGCAGCGCUCCGACGGGGCACCGCCUGCCCGCCCGCUCGCUGGGUCGGACCCCGGGGGGCUGCUACGAUGCGUGUCCGCUGCUCCACGAAGCUCCGCCGGGGAAGUGAAUCUCUCACCGGAUGAUGGACACGAACUACCCGACCUCCAGCUUCGCGGACGCGCUGGCUCCACCAGCACAGACCGUAGCUUCUUGGGCCUAUGACCGCAGCACGGCCACUGCCAAGCCGAGUUCCAGUUAUGGCGCGGCGCACCUUGAUGCAGAGCUCCUCCAGAGGCAAAGCUACGCUGAUAACCACCAGCUUCCCACCUACACCACGUCGCACCUGCCUGCGACCGCAGGAACACUUGACUCGAGCAGUAAUUCUUCUGAGACCUCAAUCAUGAGCUUCCUGUCAGCCAUGGAGCCGAGAAGCCUUCAGGCUGGUCCUGUCGGUGCCUCACUGCUUCCUCCUUUUAGACCCCCGUCAUGGCCCGCCGGUACCAACUCCAGCACUGAGCUGUAUUUGACUGGUGCCCUGCCUUCUACUGCCACUUUCCCCUCUCCUGCCGCUCUGUCGUCGUACCAGCACCCUGGUGCCUACCCUUCCCGGAGUUACGCUACCAACCCGCCCUUGGCUCUCCAGGAUCCUGCCUUCAGCACUUCCACCAAUGGCCUGUUCUCUCACCACGACCCCCUCAUCCACCUCAAGUCCAGCCAGUCUCUGCUUCCCACCGCGCUGGCCUUCAAUCAUCUCUCCACCCCGGCUUUGGCUUCGGCUCUGCCCGUCCAGUCCUCGACCUACCGAUCGGCUCAGGAGUCGGCCCCCCACCUCCUACAACCCCAGUUCAGCCUGCUGCCCUCCUCUGCCCUGCCCGGCCCUCAACACCCCUACGGGGCCGCCGUUUUCUCCGGCUCCAUUGAGAGAGCUCUUCAGCGUGAAUGUAGUGUGAUCAAACACCACCAGAGGCCUUCCAGCAGCCACGACGCCUCGGAGCAAUUGGCCAAUGCAGAGCACCCCUUACAGGGGUACUUUGGCUCUGGCGGUGAAGCGGAUGUGUCCUACCAGCAGGACCCCUCCCGUCAGACCCCUCUGUCCUGCAGCCCUUCCCCGGGAGCCGAUUCCUCCCAAGGGGUCCAUCGGGCGCCACAACCCAACACCGACUCCGUACCUCGAGCGUAUUCCUCCACGUCUGUGCCAAAAGUGAAAGACUGCUCUUCCAAGGUGGCUCAACACCCGAUUGGGGAUGAGGAGGGUCAUGAGCACCCUCGAAAGCUGACUGGAGGGUCCCCCGACCAUUACUCCUCCCCAGGACAGAAGCAGAACUCGGUGAUUGCUAACCAGCAGUCAGGCCAGCUGUCCGGCCUGAUGUCCAGUAGUCUGUGUCAAACCUAUAUCCCCCCACAAGCCCAGUCACAGCCCCCCCAUUCGACCUCAGACAAACACUCUCCCCUUUACAAGACUCUACCUUCCCUCUCCAGCCAGUCUGACGUGUCAUCUGUUGGUCAGACUCUUGUUUACUCCUCCAGUCCCAGGAUGAGCCAUGAGCAGGAGAUCCAGUACGGAGCCCAGGUCCAGGGCUUGUGUCAGGGGAGUCUCUCAGAGAGCUACCCCACAUUGCACUCUCAGGGGGCCCCCAAUGUGACUUUCACAUCUCAAGCACAGGGGCACGGUUUGGUGACUCCGAGCUAUUCCACGGGACCAUCGCUCAUAUCCUCCUACCCGCUGACAUGCGUGCGGAGUCUCCCCACGUCAAGUUCCUCGCAGGACUACACCCUCAUGCAAGAGUCAGUGGGGGGUAAAACGCAUGACACGCUGUCCCAGCAGCAGACACAGACCCACAAAUAUGUUUUGUCCACACCGUUGCCUACCUACUCUUCACCCGCUCAAGCCUUACAGAAUAACGUCAGAUCCUCAAUACAGGACAUUAAGCCAACAUAUGAGAAACACAAACUCGUAGAGCUUCCUAUCCAGGACCUGGAUGCGCUCCAGCAGGCAUCAAUGGAAGACUCUGCUGCAGCUAGUAAUAUGUCUGCUCACAACAAUGUCAUCUAUGUAGUUUCAAAAAUGGACGAUAAUCACAAAACGCAAAGCGUUAUCCGAAGUUAUUCACGGUCUGACGACCAGCUGCUGGGACUAGUUCACACAAACGCGGAGCAGACAAAGGAUGAAAGGAUGGGUUCUCUGAGCCAUCAGCACAUCCAUCUAAGCAGUGCCAACGGCCAGGAAAACGCCAACACAAAAACUACAAACUCCAGUAUUAUUGCUACACAUGUACCACUUGACUCGGAGCAGCUCAAACAGCACCCGCUCCAGCUCAAAUCUCCAGAGCCGCAUCAUCAAAACCCCCAGAAUCACUCCCAGUCUCAGAGCCAGACCCCGGCGGCCCACCCCCAAUUCAUCACCAUCCCCAGCGCUCUUCUCGAACCCAACCAGAUGAUUGUACUCCAGCAGCCGCUUGUCCACCACAGUCAAAACCCCUCAAAGGUGGUGUCCGUUCAAGGUAUCCAACGGGGCCAAGAUCUGGGCCCUGUUCAUGUCCAGUAUCUUCAGAUGGGCCGCGAACUGCUGGGCCCCAGUGUCACUGAAACCCUCAGACAGCAGGGCCCCGCCGCGUCUGAGCAGGGCUCCGGAUGCCCUGAUAACUCCAAACACCACUACAGCCAGACGGCAAAUCAGCCACCAAACGAUGCCAAGAACCACUUUGCCCUCAACUCCAUUUGUUUCCCCGAUUCGAUGCUACUCGCAGAUGAGCGAAAUAUUCUGUCAAACGUGGACGACAUCCUGGCCGCCACGGUGGCGGCCUGCGGCGUCACACCGCAGGACUUUGUCAAAGCCACGUCCUCCGCCGAGGCGGAAAUGGCAGCGAUGGCGAGUCCCGUCGAUUCCAAAGGCCACUUCCAGACUGUGGAUAUAAGGCACGUGUCCCCUAGUUUCUCCGCGGCACAACAGGCCAUCAUGACCAACACCAUGACACUAAAUGAAGUUCAGAUGGCCACAGGCUGCCACGGUCAGCCCGUUCACCACGGUCCUUCUGAGCUGGACGCAAAUGGAGAUGGAGGAAGCUCUGAGAACGAUUACCACUUGGCAGGGCAGGCGUACGACCCGCCGGCUCUCGGAGUCAAAGGGAACGUAAAGGGUGUUAAAGGCGAGGGCGGCCUCGCGGAGUGCCACGGUGGUGAAGACUUUCCGAAAAAGAAGGCCCGCCCUAAAUCCUCGAUCAGACCCGGUGGGCCGGAGGAGGACUGUGGGCAGGUUAGACCGACCAAGCGCAGCGGGCAGGCAAAGCGGCAGAACUCCAGGGGCAGUGACGGCAGCUCGCCGUCCGCCUCCCAGGGGGUGUUUGAUGGCUGCCAGCAGGAGAGGAUCAGACAAAAGAUCCGAGAAGUCGAAGAGAAACAGCCAGAGGUCAAAACCGGCUUUAUUGGCUCCUUCCUCGACUUCAUCAAAUCGGGCCCCAAACAUCAAUACUCCCCGAGUCCCACGCGGACGAUUAAUCGCCCUAGAAAGCCCGGCACCACCGCCAAGCCACCGGCGUGUCCGCUGCCUCCUUUGCCUCCCAAGCUGCAGACUCUGCCCGGGCCCUUGAUUCCCCAGGAGAGCCAAGGAGUGAGCAUCCAACAGAAGCGUCUGGAUGAGGAUUUGCAGAAAAACCUGGAGACUCUGCCGUCGUUCAGCUCCGACGAAGAGGAGAACACUGGGAAGAACCAGGCCCUGAGGAACAGCAUCAGCUCGGCGCUUUCCGCUCUGGAUGAGUCUUCGGAUCGGAAAACCAGAGCAGAUAACCCAAUCCCCGGUUUGAUGAUGAAAACGGUCCAAGUUCCCAUCAUGCCUCUUGUCGUUACCAAUACCUGUUUGUCACGGUUCACCACACCUACACAGACGACAAGCGCCGUCUCAGCUGCGACCGUGUUCGUGGCCAAGGAGAAGUCCAAAGAGACCCCACCAGGCCAGACGGCCGUGCAGUUGACGAGUGUGGCCAUUGAGGGACUCACCGACGAGGAGCUGUCGGACAGCGGAGGCGAGGGGAUGUACAGGGAGAGAGACGAGUUUGUUGUCCGGAACGAAGACAUCGAAAACCUGAAGGUCACGAUGAGAGCAGGUAGUGAGCCUCCAGCCAUCUGGAAAGUCCAGAAGGCGCUGCUGCAGAAAUUUGUGCCCGAAGUGAGAGAUGGAAGGAGAGUCUUCUCAGCCACCAACAGCUAUCUUGGAUACUUUGGCGAUGCCAAGACCAUGUACCAGAGGGUGUAUGUGAAGUUCUUGGACACCGUAAACAAAAGGGAGUAUGUUCGUGUUUGCAGUCGGAAGCCGCGCUGCAAGCCCAUAAACUCGCUACGGGGUGUUCAGGUGAAAACAUUGCUGGGCUUGACAGCCGACCCCUCCUUAGUAUCCCAAAGCCAAAAGGCUCGGCCCAAACAACUCAAGCCCAGGGCAGAGCCCCCACCUAAGAAGAGGAGGAAAUGGAAGGAGGAGUUUUCCCCGCACGCCUCGGGAUCAUCUGCUGAAGAUGGAGAGUUAGAGCCCUCAGUGCCGUUCGCGUCGCGGUUGCUCAACACGAGGACCAUGAAGGAGACAUUCAGGAGCUUUGUGGAACUGCUCAUCAGCAUUGCCUUAGAUGAAGAUGUAAUGACAGCACUUGAGAGGGCAAACGAUGAGUUUCUGCUGCCACAGAUGAAAAGAGUGGAUGGGAUGAUCAGCGACAACAGGAAACGCCUGCUUCACAAACUGCACAUAGGGCAGGUCCUAAAGACGGCUCUCGACAGCUUCCCAGAGAUUGCCGUUGUGACCGAGCUUACGAAGGACGGGGAAACCCCGGCCUUUAAGGUGCGUCUCAGUGGGAAGGCCUACAACAAGAAAACUAUGAAGCCCUACAAGAUGCUGAACAAAGUGCCUCAGGAGUAUACAGUGGACCAGCAGAAAACUCAGUGGUUCUCCCUGUACCACUCUUUGCAGCAUUACAAGUACCACACGUUCCUUAUGUGCAAGGACGAGAUAGCAUCUAUGCGGGUGCAGUCAUUGGACGUGGGGCAGGAGGAGACGGUUCAGAAGUGUCUGCAGAACGGAACUUGGGUGGAGGGGCUCUUCGACCGCUUCGGAGAGCUGAUCAAUCAAGUGCAGCAGGCCUGCCGGUGAUCCAGCCCCCCACCGGGCUCGGCUUUUAAACAAAACUCAAAGCAAACCUUAAAACCAAAAAAUGCCAACACUUAAGGAUGCGUCCGGCUGAACGUGGCCGCUGAGGAGGAUGGAGGGAGCGUCUUCGUCCAGCCGCGGAGAGACUUGAAUCGGGGACCUGUCAGGACAAGACAUUUUGGGGGUCCGUGGCCUAAAGGGGGCAGCGGUUGGACAGCGAGACGGCAGUAAAGUUAAAUGUCACCACAUCUCAUCAGAAAGCAGCAGCGUGAUCGACAGAUGACAAGGACUUUGGUAUUGAGAGCGUUUUCUUUUUUUUUAUUGCUUCCACAUAAUGGUUGGCCUAGUCUUUGUAAAUAUUUUGUAGUUACAAGCCCACUUUUCGUUUAAUGUCAGAUUAUAACCAGUGUGUACGCACUAGAUAGAAAGUAAUCUGCAUGGGAUAUAGUGCACAGAGUUAGAUAGAUAUAUAGAUUUAUUGUAAAAACUAAAAAUAUGAAAAAAACCUUUAUAACCGUUUAUAUAUAUAUAUAUAUAAACCAUUGGAUAAUGUUUGUAAGACAUCCAUUUUUUAUGGAGCACAAACUUAUAUAUAUUGUACAUUUUGUAUAAAAGAACAGGAGGGGGAACUGCAGCAACUCUCUUCAGGGAGAGUUUAGUAAACUAUAUACUGGAUCUAUAUUGUUGUUUAACUUUUGUUCUUCAAACACACAUUUUCUUAUCAGAUGCAAAUCAGCGUUGUUCCAGUACUGCUUUUUAGGAAUUUAUCAAAUACUAUGACCUUGACUUACCUGAUGGUGAAAUGAAAUUAAAUAAGAGGGGUCUUUAUACUCCUUUACAGAUUUAGCCCACAUUUUAUGACAAAAAAUAUAUAAAUAUAUAUUUUUCACUUAAGUAAAUAUUGUUCAAAGACACUUUUUCAAGGUUUUUUCACAGUUUUCCAAAAUGGACUCUUUAUAUGUUAUCAAUUUUACACUUCAAAAACAAUGUUGUUUACAGAUGCGGUUUGUAAAUAAAGUGCGGCAUGUA